AACUUCUUCCAACACAACAACAAAUCUGCACUUGUGACAGUUUCCAUUCGGACACCCUAUCAAGAUGGCCCAGUCUUUCGAGUCCGUCUCGGAGCCUAUACCAAUUUCUUUGGUAUCGGGCAGAUAUUUGCUAUUCGACGUCAAUGUCGUAACUUACCUGCGCAGAACUCACCACAUAUGCGGUACCCUCAUCGGCUCUAUCCCACAGAACCCUCAGCAGAAUAUAUUCCACGGCCUACCUAUGGAGCUCAUGCCCGAAGAAGCUAAGUUGUUGGUCCAGAAAGAAGUUGCCUAUAUCGUGGACGACUUGGCUUGGCAUAAACAAAGGUACGAGUCAAUGAAGGGUGAGGAUAAGCAGAAGUACUUGCAGUCGUUGCGCUCAGCUGGUCUCAAGGCGCGAAAAGCCACACAAGAGCAAGCUAAAAAGAACUCCGAGAUGGCGUUGUCUCGAUUAGCUACUCAGAAAGCAAAAGGGAAAAAAGAGUCUCCUGCUGAAGGCACACCAGAACCUCCAGAUGAUAAGUUGCCAGACACUUCGUUCCACGAUACAAGCGGUGCGCAAGAAGAAGAUUCGAUCUUCGGAGGAGAAGGGUCUUCACCUAGUCGACAAGGAACUGCAUUCGCAUCGAACAAACCCUAUCCUGUUACACCUACCACAAGCUACGCUUCUCCUUCACUACCCCAGAAUCCAUCUCCGCCACCGGACCCUUGUGUGCCUUUGUCAUACUCGCUGUUUGCUCACCUCCAUUCGCGCGGCUACUAUAUCAUGCCAGGUCUACGGUUCGGAUGUAAUUACAAUGUGUAUCCUGGGGACCCUCUCCGUUUCCAUAGUCACUUCUUGGCUACGAGCUUUGAAUGGGAUCAAGAGAUUCCUAUGCUAGAUCUGAUAGGAGGAGGUCGUCUAGGUACAGCUGUGAAGAAAGGAUUCCUUAUCGGUGGUGAAGACACAGAGGCAGAGACGGAUGGAGAGUGGGGAGACAAUGUUCGGACAUUUUGUAUUGAAUGGGGCGGUAUGUAGGAUUUUCAAGAGCGCCAAUCCUGGACCAUGAAGUAGAGCUAUAUAAUAAUCCAGUGCUUAUGAGACUUUUUGAAUGAACUAGAUCAAAG